AUGGCCAAGGCCAGGACACCGGGCGCUCUUCGCAGAGAGCAGGGCAGCCAGAAUACCAACACCAGCAGCAAUAAUGCUUUAAUAUCACAAAACGAAGAGGAGCAGGGACUCCUCUCCUUCUCAACCGACCACGACGGCGACGAGGCCGGCCAUGAACAGGACGACCUGCUCGUCCAGCACGCGGCGGGCGAGCCGCAUUCGGCGCUUGCGAAAAGCAAUGGCAACGGCACGCCGCGGACCCCAAGGACGCCGAAUCGAGUACGAUUUGAUCUGACGCCGACCAACAUACCACCCCCGGCCAAUGGACACGGCGGGCGCCGACGCAGCGAAGAGGAAGGAGACGGCGGCCGCGGCGACGACGACAUGGAGCUGGGCGAGCACGACCCCCUCGAUGAUGGCGGGAGCUUCUACAGCCCGGCUAGCGGGCGCGACACGUCCCGGCUGCCGCUGCUGACGGACAUUGAGGCGCCCUCGGUGACGGUCGCCAAUAGCUGGGGCACCGAGGACGACGUACACUCGUGGCACGCGGCCGAGCAGUCGCGGCCCAAGUCGGGCAUGCGCUCGGCCUUUAUGAACAUGGCCAACAGCAUCAUUGGGGCGGGCAUCAUUGGGCAGCCGUACGCUUUCCGGAACGCGGGACUCCUCGCGGGCAUCGUGCUGCUCGUCGGCCUGACCAUCGUCGUCGACUGGACCAUUCGCCUGAUUGUCGUCAACAGCAAGCUGAGCGGCGCCAACAGCUUCCAGGGCACCGUCGAGCACUGCUUUGGCCGCUCCGGCCUCAUUGCCAUCUCCAUUGCCCAGUGGGCUUUUGCCUUUGGCGGCAUGGUGGCUUUCGGUGUCGUCGUGGGCGACAGCAUACCCCACGUGCUCGAGGCCGUCUUCCCUGGCCUCCGUACCUGGCCGGUGCUGGGCCUGCUCGCGGAUCGAAGGGUUGUCAUAGCUGUUUUUAUCAUGGGGGUCAGCUAUCCCCUAACGUUAUAUAGAGAUAUCGCAAAGUUGGCGAAAGCGAGCACAUUCGCCUUGAUCAGCAUGUUGAUCAUCUUGGUUACAGUCGUCGUGCAAGGAGCACUCGUGCCGUCAGAGGACAGAGGUUCAUUCAGCACGCCUCUUUUGACAGUCAAUGGUGGCAUAUUCCAGGCCAUUGGUGUCAUAUCAUUUGCAUUUGUCUGUCACCACAACUCACUUCUCAUUUAUGGAUCCCUAAAGACUCCUACGAUUGACCGCUUUGCUCGUGUGACGCACUACAGCGCUGGCGUAUCAAUGGCAGCGUGUAUGCUCGUCGCACUGGUGGGCUUUCUCACUUUUGGCGACAAGACGCAGGGCAACGUGCUCAACAACUUUGCUUCCGACAACUCCAUGGUCAACAUUGCCCGCCUCUGCUUUGGUCUCAACAUGUUGACGACGCUGCCCCUCGAGGCUUUCGUGUGCCGCGAGGUCAUGCUCAACUACUGGUUCCCCGGCGAGCCCUUCAACAUGAACCUGCACCUUAUUUUCAGUUCCGCGCUCGUGGUCAGCGCCAUGACCAUUAGUCUUAUUACCUGCGACCUGGGUGUCGUCUUUGAGCUCGUCGGCGCCACGAGUGCUUGUGCUCUUGCGUAUAUCCUACCACCGCUCUGCUACAUCAAGCUGAGCAGUCGAAGCUGGAAGACGUACGUUGCGUGGGUGGUGGUAGUUUUUGGAUGCGUGGUCAUGGCAAUCAGUCUUUUCCAAGCCGUGGGCAAGAUGAUAACUGGCGGCGGAGAUCCCGUCAAGUGCAUGUAA